AUCCAAGGGGGGGGGAACCCCAGAUAUAACAGUCUUAUAUGAAUUAAGAAGAUUGGAUAUCGCAAUUCUCUCUGCUCGCCCCACUCGCAAAGGCGCCUGGGAGAUGCAGUCCUUUCAAUCGCUGUGCCGGCGUCAAAUAUGGCGACAGGCGUAGCUUGCAGUGCUGCGGCUGCGGUUUGCGGCUCCCACGCAGGGAAAGAUGCUGGGAGCCCGGCUUCGGGAUCCAUUGAGGUAGAACAGAAGUUCCUCUUUGAGCCUGGCACGGAGGAGAAGUUGGCGGCCCUGGGGGCAUCUUUGGCCGGAAACGUCUCCUUCCGGGACCAGUACUUUGACACUCCUGACUGGCGCCUUACCCUGGCUGACUACUGGCUCCGGGAGCGCGAGGGGACCGGCUGGGAGCUGAAAUGUCCCCCGCGGCCCCUGGAGGGCGCCACCGUUUCGAGCCCGGCCGCAGAAAGCCGGAACCCACGAGGCCUUACGCAGGUGCCUGCUGCACCCCUCCCUUUGCAGCCGCUAGGGGGAGCUGGCAGGCCGGACUCGGCCACGCAAUACCAGGAAGUGACAUGCCCCCGGGAUAUCGUGGCCCACGUCUGUGGUCUCUUGGGUGUGGACUUGGCGGCGAGCUGCUGCGGUGACGUGGCCAGAGCGGUGGAGAAGCUCGGCCUGGAGGAGUUUGCCAGCUUUGUGACCCGCCGGCGCAAAUAUCGCGUGAGGGAGCUGUGCGUGGACCUCGACGAGGCAGAUUUUGGCUACGCGGUGGGGGAGGUGGAGGCCGUGGUCAGACGGCAGGAGGACGUGCCGGAGGCUCUAGAGAGGAUACAAGAGCUAGGCAGGCAGCUGGGCUUUGAUGAGAAAACCCGCGUUCCGGGAAAGAUGUCCGUUUACCUGCACAAAUUCAGGCCCGCGCACUACGAGAGCCUCGUGCGAGCUGGGAGGUUGCGGAAAGUAGGGGACCCAGGAGCUACAAGAGGGGAGAAAAACUGAGCACAGAACCGAUGUGGGUGGGGGGCUCCAUUCUUGGAUGGGAGACCCUCCCCCUGUCUCUCUGUCCCUGAUGAGUCUACUCCAGCAUCAUCCUCAGAAGAAAGGAAAGAUGAGUUCAUGCGAAUAAAAUAGAGAUGCCCCAGA